AUGAAGUUAUCAUACAUUCAGUAUACAUUACUAGGUUUGAAUGUACUAUACAGAUUAUAUUCUGGUCUUUUCAUGAUAAUAGCAGAUUGUGAUGAAACUUUCAACUAUUGGGAACCGUUAAAUUUACUACUACGAGGAUUUGGAAAACAAACCUGGGAGUAUUCUCCUGAGUACAAGAUUCGAUCAUAUGCCUAUCUAUUCCCGUAUUAUAUACUUGGAAGAAUCCUUCAACUACUCAACUUGAGUCCAGUAAUGAUAUUCUAUUCCAUCCGAGUUUUGGGAAUUAUUGGGUUUACAUGUUAUUGUGAAUGGAAGUUAUUCAGUUCUCUUCGUCGUUAUUCUUCAACACUUGCCAAUUGGUGGUUAUUUUUUGAUACCAUUGCUCCAGGGAUGAGUCAUGCUGGAGUGGCUCUUUUACCUUCAUCAUUGGCAAUGCAAACCGCUAUGUUGGCAAAUUCCUAUCUUCUUCGUGCUGUUGGAACCAGUAAGGACGCUCAGAAUCUUGGUAAUAAUAUCACCAAAGCUAUUUUCUGGUAUUUUAUUGGAGGAAUCUUUGGUUGGCCAUUUGCAUUGGCUCUCGGAGUGCCUGUUGGUCUCUACACUAUGUAUCAUACCGUCUUCACUGGAAGCCUCAAGUUUGGGAUAUAUUUUAAAAUCUUGGCAGUGUUACUGGGAAUUGUUGGUUUGGUAGUACUUAUAGAUACUAUUUAUUAUAAACAAUUUAUGUUUAUACCUAUCAAUAUUGUCUUGUAUAACGUUUUUGGUGGUGAAGGAGAAGGACCAGAGAUUUUUGGUGUUGAACCAUUGAGUUACUAUGUUUUAAAUCUUGCCUUGAAUUUCCAUGUUAUAUUCCCCUUAGGUGUAGCAGGGAUGGCAUUGAACCCUAUGAUCUCACAGGGAAAGGAGUUUUCCACCCUUGUUUCCAUGCAGUUGAUAGUGUGGAUGGGUAUUUUUUUUAGCCAACCACAUAAAGAAGAAAGAUUUCUUUAUCCGAUCUACUCAUUGAUUUCAUUACUGGCGGCUAUUUUCCUCUCAAAGUUAGCCUUGGGAGUUAAACGCUUUAUUUCCAAGAAAGUAUUUACUAUCUUACAAGCAGGUUUUAUUUUGAGUUUAAUUACCGUUUCGAAUUUAAGAAUAUUGAAUCUUGUGGAGAAUUAUGCUGCACCAUUGAAAACAUUCAAUACUGUUGCUAGACUUGAAGAGGCUACUACCACAUCUCCAGUCAAUGUAUGUAUGGGUAAAGAAUGGUACCAUUUCCCUGCAUCAUUUUUCUUACCAGAUUCAUAUAGAUUGAGGUUUGUUGAAUGUGGCUUUGAUGGUUUGUUACCGGGUGAUUUCUAUGAACUGGAUAAUAUUUUUGAAUCCACUACACACAUCCCAGCAAAUAUGAAUAAUAAGAACAAAUUUGAGCUGGAUAAAGUUGUCAGUUUAACAGAAUGUGAUUAUUUUGUUGACAAUUCGCAAUUUGAUAGCAUUCCACAAUUAUUAUACCCUAAUUUGACGACUGCACCAGGUUGGGAGGUGAUGGAUUGCAACAAGAUGUUGAAUCCUAAUGGACAUCAUAGUUUCAUUGGUAAAUUACUAUAUAUUCCUUAUUUCAGAGUAGAACGUAUGGAUUUUUGCGUUCUCAAAAAGGUUGUCGAUGUUUAG